AGGCUCGACGUCAAUACCACGGUUGUCAAUAAACAUUUUUUUAUCAGCAACCAAAACACGUUAUCAUGACAAUAAUAAUAUAAUAUUUUAAUAUAGGUACGUACGUAGGUAGUAUGUAAACACGAUUUUUUUAAGUAAAAAUAUGUGUGUAUGUGGUUGAUUUGCAUUCGUUUUGCCAGAGAAUAUCACGUUAGUAUCGUGAAAAUUAUUCUUGAGGAGCAUUCUACUGUCGUCUUGAUAUCGUUUUAAUGCUGCUAACGAUACUGCGCUUACCAAUCUCGCCGACGCACUGGACCACUGUUUUCGUUUUGUGUAUAAAUUGAACGAACUCACGGGAAUACGAUUUUUCUUCGGUCUGCCAUGGCGUACCAUACGCUCAGACAUGAAUACAUGCAAAUGCCACCGGUCACCAGAGCGUACACGACAGCCUGUGUAAUCACCACCCUUGCUGUUCAGUUGGAUGUUGUCUCCCCGUUUCAGUUGUACUUCAAUCCAUUGCUGAUACUAAAACAAUUUCAAGUAUGGAGAUUGAUCACAACUUUUCUAUUUUUCGGAAAUAUUGGUUUCAAUUUUCUAUUCAACAUGAUAUUCACAUAUCGUUAUUGUCGUAUGCUCGAGGAAGGAUCAUUUCGUUCACGAACAGCUGAUUUUGUUAUGAUGUUUUUGUUUGGUGCCACAUUAAUGAUUAUUUGGGCAUUUUUUAUCAACCUAUUAUUUUUAGGACAAGCACUAACAAUAAUGUUAGUAUAUAUUUGGUCACGAAGAAACCCUUACAUUAGAAUGAACUUUUUUGGUGUAUUAAACUUUCAGGCUCCAUACCUGCCAUGGGUGUUACUUGGUUUUUCAAUUCUGUUGGGGAACACACCAUGGGUGGAUUUGAUGGGAAUUGCUGUUGGCCAUUGUUAUUACUAUCUAGAAGACGUGCUUCCUCAACACAGAGCCAACCUUAAGAUACUUAAGACACCACUUUUCUUAUUUUAGGUAAACUAUAUUCAGAAUAAAAUUGAACCACUCGGCCGACUAAAACAAGUUUUUCCGGACAUCCCUAUCACAAUUUGGACAACGGUGAGAGCGUUAACACUGGCGCCUGACGACCGCCGGCGAUUACUGUCUGCCAAAUACAGAACGUAUAGCCAUUGCAUGGGGGAUCAGUCUGUAUGCGCGAAAGCAGUUCAAUCUUAUUCUGAAUAGAGUAUAGUCGUUUAAUGAAUGUUAGUUAUCCAACAUUUGAAAUGUGAAUACUGGGAAACCAAUUAUAUUUAAAUCCAAUCAGUAGAAUAACUGUUCUACAUGUCCAUCGAAAUUGUAUUA